CACAUGUACGAUCAUAACACUGAACCUUCAUCCUCCUACGCGCUCCUCUUCAUAGAACAUGGCGAAGGUGGAUCUGGCUCGGGUCGGAAAGAACCUGUUGAAGAGCUGCGACACAGAGGAGAAUGUGGAGCUCCAGUCUCUGUGGCAGGACCAGCCCGUGGUUUUGUUUUUCCUGCGCAGGUUUGGUUGUCAGGUGUGUCGCUGGAUGGCGUCAGAGAUCAGCAAACUGGAGCCGGACAUGAGAGCCAGCGGUGUGGCGCUGGUCGGGAUCGGACCUGAGGUGUUUGGGCUGAAGGAGUUCAAGGAAAAAGGAUUUUUUAAAGGAUCCAUUUACGUGGAUGAACAAAAGAAAACCUACAAGGAUUUGGGCUUUAAAAGGUACACAGGCCUAAGUGUGGUUCCUGCUGCUUUGGGGAAGAAAGUACGAGAUGCAGCUUCAAAGGCCAGUGCAGAAGGAAUUCAGGGAAACUUCUCAGGAGAUCUGCUGCAGAGCGGAGGCAUGCUCAUUGUGGCCAAAGGUGGAGAGACGGUCCUGCUGCACUUCAUCCAGGAUUCACCUGGAGACCACGUUGCUCUGGAGGACGUUUCCAAGGCCUUGGGUAUCACAUCCAAAGUAACUGCGGGACAGCAACCAGUGUGUAAUGAUGGUGUUUGUUCACGGUGAUGACGGCGCCUCAUGGUACCUGAUCAACACAACUCAGAUGGAGAUUUGGGAAAUGGAAUGUUAUUGAUUUGUUAGAGUGAAUAUAAAACAAUGGCCAACAAUAUUAAAUGUGUCUAAUUUCUAUAAAUUUGUGUAAUUUAUAGUUUAAAAUUAUGUCUGCAGUGAAAGCGCAUUUUUGUAAUAAAUGCUUUGUGUAGUUUUUACCUCAACUUACUUUACAGUUACAGACAGAUUGGUGUGGUUAUUUUUAUGAGCAUUUACUACACUCACUUUACAAAAUGAAAUUAUUAUCGUUUAUUUAUCAAACUGUAAUUAAACUUAUAUUCAAUACGU